CUCCGCUGCGGGUGUCCCGGCCCCCGCCACCCGCGCAUCCCUGCCACCCAGCGCGGCACAGCGCCCCCGGCGCCCCCCGCCGGCCUCUGCUCGCACCUGCAGCGACUCCGCGCGCCCUGCCCGCCGCCGCCGCCUCCAAGCUCUCAGCGCCCUGGUUGCCCAGGACAGAGCGGCUGUGCGCACCGGUGCCAGACCCAUCGCCAGACGCCCCUGGGCCAGCGGACUUUAAGAGUGUCGCUCUCGCACCCAGCAUCCCCCAAGAUGAACGUAAGAAGGGUGGAAAGCAUCUCGGCUCAGCUGGAGGAGGCGAGCUCCACAGGCGGUUUCCUCUACACUCAGAACAACACCAAGCGCAGCAUUAAAGAGCGGCUCAUGAAGCUCUUGCCCUGCUCGGCUGCCAAAACGUCGUCUCCUGCUAUUCAAAGCAACGUGGAAGAUGAACUGGAAAUGGCUACAGUCAGGCAUCGGCCUGAAGCCCUGGAGUUGCUGGAAGCCCAGAGCAAAUUCACCAAGAAAGAGCUUCAGAUUCUCUACAGAGGAUUUAAGAAUGAAUGCCCCAGUGGUGUUGUUAAUGAAGAAACCUUCAAGGAGAUUUACUCCCAGUUCUUCCCACAGGGAGACUCCACAACGUAUGCACAUUUUCUGUUCAAUGCAUUUGACACAGACCACAAUGGAGCUGUGAGUUUUGAGGAUUUCAUCAAAGGUCUUUCCAUUUUGCUUCGUGGGACAGUACAAGAAAAACUCAACUGGGCAUUUAAUUUGUAUGACAUAAACAAAGAUGGCUACAUCACUAAAGAAGAAAUGCUGGACAUAAUGAAAGCAAUAUAUGACAUGAUGGGAAAAUGCACCUAUCCUGUCCUCAAGGAAGAUGCUCCCCGACAGCAUGUAGAGACAUUUUUCCAGAAGAUGGACAAAAAUAAAGAUGGUGUUGUUACCAUUGAUGAAUUCAUUGAAAGUUGCCAAAAAGAUGAAAACAUAAUGCGCUCCAUGCAGCUCUUUGAAAAUGUGAUCUAGUGUGCCAGCACAUUCUCCGCUGAAGAAGCCAGUGUGAACGACCCUGCACACUUACAGGCUGGGGACACCAUUUCUAGCAUAGAUUGCUCAGCUUUACACUGAGGCACAUUAUGCAAACUGCUUUGUGUUAAUAUAAAA